AUGACUCUGGAUAAGAAUGGUCAGCGAUGCUUCGGCUUGCUCUCGUUUUUGAAGAAGACUGUCCAGCACUCGCGGGCAUCUCCUUCGGCAAGUAUAGUACCGCGCACUUACGUUCUCGGCAACACCUCAGCAGAUCUAGAUUCAAUUAUCUCUGCAAUUAUAUAUUCUUACUUUGCAUCUUCAGCGAGGUCUGAAAGGGGGCUCCAAUAUAUACCUGUGAUAAAUCUACCGGAAAUCCCGGCAGGGCGAGAAUUGAGAAGGUUACGACCAGAAUUCGUAACAGCAUUGAAUCUUGCUACCCAACGGCCAUUGAAAACUGCGCAUAACGGGGCCUCUAAGGGCUUGAAAACUCUACCUGAGGACGAAGACACUGACAAAAUUCUCAGUGAAAGUAUCCUGACAGCUGCAGGGCUAAGGGAUGAAUUACUGAACUGGAAAAUGUCAGAUGACAAGAAGGCGAUGUCCUUAAAUAUUAUCAUGGUGGAUUGGAAUGCGUUACCCCAGAUCCCAGCUCAUGAGUACGGAAUUCCUGGGCUUUCAGACAAGGUCAAUGGUAUCGUUACGUCCGUGGUGGGCUGUAUAGAUCAUCACGAUGAUGAGGGCUUUAUCUCAAAGCACCUAGUUCGAGGACCAGGGACCCGGGUGUCACAUAUUCAAACUGGGGUGGGGAGUUGUACAUCCUUAGUUGUCUGUGAGCUUCGAAAACUCGGAUGGUGGAGAGACGUUGUUGUUGAUGAUGAUAGGAUUUCCGAAGGACAGAGUCUGAGUGACAGUGAUGCGGAGUUCGAAUCACAGGCCGCACAACUUGCUCUGGCGGCUAUAUUAGCAGACACUGCGAAUAUGACAAAUGAGAGCAAAGUAUCUGAUAUGGAUCGGGAAGCCGUGAGAUUUCUAGAAAACAAAAUAAACCAAUGCAAAUCUAUCAGUUGGGACCGUGACAGCUUCUACGACCUCAUUAUGGACGCCAAAUCUUCCAGCAUGAAUUACCUGACGGCCCACGAAACAUUGGGAAGAGACUAUAAAGAAUGGACUGACACUAUUGAGCCCGGCCAUAAUAUAAAGAUUGGGAUAUGCUCUGUUGUCAAGCCGGUGUCCUGGAUUCUUAAAAAAUGUGGAUCAGAGUAUUCUGAAGAGGAAUAUGACGAGGAAGCUUUCUUUGAUGUUCUGCGUUCUUUUUCUAGUACCCGAGACCUUGACGCCGUUGCCAUUAUGACUGCGUUUUCAUCUUCCUCUGAAAACGAGUUCCAGCGUGAAUUGAUUGUCACAGUGCUAAAUGAUAAGUAUAUUUCUAAUCUUGGAGAAUUCGAGGACGCUGGUGCCGACUACCUUAGUCUUGAGAAGAGGCCGUUCAAUGAAAGGGAUAAAGACCUGGGUCAAAUAGGUCGAAACACGCGUGUAUGGCGACAGUUAGACGUUACAAAAAGUAGAAAACAGGUAGCUCCUUUGCUGCGCCGGGUGUUUACAGGGAAAACCUGA